UUUUAGACGUUAAUAGACUUUGACAUGUGCUUACUGUCCCACCGUCGAAGAAGAAAACUUCAUCACCUUCAUUUCCAUAAAGUUCAGGCCAUUUCAACGCAACUUGGCAUAUUUUCACUCCUUUCUCUUCAUCAACAGCUAAUAGCCAAUCAAUGCGUUGCGACGUUUAUUGACACGUUUGACACUUUUUUAAUGCAAUACAAAGGCGCCUACUUGGUGGCGGGAAAAUGCCAACUUGUUUCAACUCCCCGUACCACCUCAGUACUCGAAUGUGCGGGAUGUUGGUGACCGCAUCGAUUCUUACGUAACAUUCUCGCUCAAUAUUCAAGCCGUGCGGAUAUGAGAAUUCCGGCCAAAGUGAAGAAGAGUAUCAACACAUCUUCGUCACCCAUGCCGGCCAUGCCAGAGCACCCGCCAUGGUAGUAAGAAAUACAUCGACUCAUUCAGAGCUCCAUCUUUGCUUAAACUGAAAAAAUCUGAUAAUGGGACUUGGUGUUGACUCCUCGAGCCACGACCUCCCACGUCCCUGCCAGCGACGUUGAAAAGUGACUUUUACAUGAAUAAAUUAAAGAAGUCUUGCCUUUUUACAUGUUUUGAAUACCAAUCGCUACACUCUUGUUGUGUCGCUCCGCCACACGUGUCAUGGCAAAAGAGUUCCCCAAAAUCGAAAAACCAAGAAUUGCAUUGAGAUGAAUGUGCAUUGGAUCAACUUUGAACUGGUCGAAUGGCUGCAAUAAGUGCUCGUUCGAAAGUAUAGGGACAUGAGGUGGAAGUGGACAGCUGAUGGAGUUGCAUUGGAUCAUCAGCAGCCAUGACUGUCGAUUUGGACGCAGCCAUCCGCCUACUCCGGCUGAUGACACCGUUGUCGGCUUCGUUGGCUUUUGUAACCGUAGCCAUUGGACUCGUCACUAGCCAUUGGCUUUACAGCGAAGAGAAAAUGUCCAAUCCGAAAUUCAACAGAACGGGCGAUCCUGAACUCGAAUACCUUUCCAAAUUCACCGUCAGUGGACUGUGGACGCUCUGCUAUACCAAUCCUGGCGAGACGGAACGAUUCUGUUUCAACAUCGAUUAUUUUCCAACUGAAGAGUACAGUCCCGAUCCCAACGACUCUACUCUUUCCAUCCCUUAUGCCGUUUUAAGAUCGGCUCCAUUUUUUCUUAUGGCAACUGCCCUUUUGGUCAUCGGAGAAAUUGCUUGUUUCCUUGGACAUUUUGCCCCUCGUAGACGCUAUUGCACGUUUCUCUCGGGCGUCACUUUUAUCCUUUCAGGACUUUUACUUUUGCUCGGUCUGGUAGUCUACGUCUCAGUUUUCACGGCUGAAAUUGGAAGUAAAUUAAGGCCCAGCUCAUCUCUGCAACCGCCAAUGUUCACUUACAUUUAUGGCUACAGUUUCUACUUAGUCGUGACUGGUUUCUUAGCCGCCGAGGUAGCAGGUACUGCAGCCAUCUUCUUGUUCAUUUAUUGGCACCGCAAUCGCAUUGCCAAAAAGGAAAUGCACCGGAAAAUGACUCUGGCUCUCGUCCAAACGCCAGUCGAUUUGGGUUACACAGCAGCUCAUGGUCAUCUGUUAGCUAUUGUUCCUCCACCUCCACCACCGUCUUCACAAAAUCAUCACCAGCAUUACCCUAUGACCAAUUCUUUAACGCCAGUAUGCCUUCCCCAUUGUUACCAAGACCAGCAUCAUUUACGUCAUCAAAACGAAACAUUCCAAUCGAAUCAGUGCAAUGGUUUUGUGAAAAUUCCAUGCCCUUGUUCCAUUGGUUUCGUUAGCAUCGGUGGAGUGGCUUCCACCGAUGACGAGUCUGUCUCCAUACCGACACCGCCGCCGGCAGUUUCUUCCAGCUAUCCGAGAGAUUGCCCCGUUCACCAUCAGACGGAACGUUCAUCCUUUGUCACUGUUCACAAUCCGGCAGCUACGGUAGGUGCUCCGCCACUGUCGACCAUUCGACGUCAUAACAAUUAUCAGAAGCAACAAAGUCAAGAGCGUGACAUGCCGGAUAUAACGGCUUUCAGUCGGAUGCUUGCACACGAUCGACGACAGUUUAGCACCGAUUCGGAAAACAGUAGUUACAAAGUAAGCGCUAAUAAUCAAGGAGCAGCUAAUGGCAAUAACAGGCAACAUUCGCAACAACCAUCAGAGCCACUUCAACAUCAACAGACAACGAUCUGUUACCAGUGUCACGGAGCUGGUCACGUGACAGUGCCCGCCAUUUCAGCCAGUUGUGACAAUAAUAGCCGACAGAUGGCGUUUGCUGACAGUCUUCCUCGUGACGUGACCACAAGCACAAUCUGCAGCGCCGCAAUGGCGACUUCCGGAGACGAAGAUUAUAUUGCCGCGUCUCAUCGGGAUAAUAAUGACGUGGAUGACGGAGAGUUGAUCUUUCAUCCGAGGCAUCAGCGGAAUCAUUCUACAGGCACAAAUUUUCACGGCUCGCUCAGGAGGAUCACGGCUGUCUAGAAUUAUGGACUGAGUAAAUUAUUAAAACAAAAAAAAACAUGUAUUUGAAAAUGUCCUGCCAAGCAUGAUUAAAUGUGUGCUGUAUAUAUUUAGGUAUUGUGAAAUAUGGUUUAUUUGGAUGGAAUGUUGUGUAUAGUCUUAAAUUUUUGGGAAAAUGACAAAUGCAACAGCAGAAGGUAAAAAUCGCACGUUUGAACUGUCGUUAUAAAUAAAUAAAAACGAAGAUUCUUUUAAG